CCAGCCCGCUCCCGCUCGCUCCCUGCCCACUCCCGGGGGGAACGUUCCGCGCCGCGGCCCCGCGGCCGCCGCUUCUUUCACACUUUAGUUGGGAGCUGCGCGCCGCGCUCAGUUACUGGAGAGCUGGCCCCGCGCCGUCGCCUCCCGCACGCACGCACGCGGGCCGGGCUCCGGGGUUCUCGGCGUCUACUCCGAGCGGCGGGGAGGAGGGGGACACCCAGACUCACUGUGGGGAGCCGAAGGAAGAGGAGAGGAGGGAGGAAGAGAAAAGAGAUGAUUUGCAGUUCAGCCCGGCUGAAGCUGACCGAAUGAGACUAUGGGCUGUGCCUCUGCUAAGCAUGUUGCCACUGUUCAAAAUGAAGAGGAAGCCCAGAAAGGGAAGAACUACCAGAAUGGAGAUGUGUUCGGCGACGAGUAUAGAAUCAAACCGGUGGAAGAAGUCAAGUACAUGAAAAAUGGGGCAGAAGAGGAGCAGAAAAUAGCAGCCAGGAACCAAGAAAACUUGGAAAAAAGUGCCAGUUCAAACGUAAGACUUAAAACUAAUAAAGAGAUUCCAGGAUUAGUCCAUCAACCCAGAGCAAACAUGCACAUCUCUGAAAGCCAACAAGAAUUCUUCAGAAUGCUGGAUGAAAAAAUUGAAAAGGGUCGAGAUUACUGUUCCGAAGAGGAGGAUAUCACAUAGCAUCCAUUCUACCACUGAAACCAGGAGCUACUGCUGUGUAAAUAGGUUACACCCCGGUUGAAAUCUUUGCCAAGGUCGGUUCUCUUCAGCGAACAGCACUCUAGCAAAAAGAAGAUCGUUCCAUAUCCUAUGCCCCAUUAAAUUACAGUGUUUCUUAAUGAACUUGCAAAGGAAUAUUGCUAAAAACAAACACACACACAAAAACUGUUAUCGAACUUUCUUUGUUGCUGCUAGUUAAAACUUGUUGCAACUUCUCACUUCUCUUGUGUCCAGGUAUGCAGCAAAACUCUGCAGUUUCACCUUAAAGAUACUGUUGGUUUUACAGAUGCUCUCCAAACUAUUUUCUAUAUAAGAUGAGGUAGUGGUGAACUCAGAUAUCAAACUUCUGUUGUAGAACUGUUCUGCUUCUAAGACAAGCGUCUCCUUCCCUCUCUCCUCCCUCUCUGUCUCUCCCGAACGGUCCAGAGCCUUGCUUCUUACUGGCAGUGUUGUGCUUUGGAGAUGGGAUGGUUGCUAUGGCAAGCCUUGUUUCCCUGCUAAGAAGAAGUAAAGAAGCCAUUAUCCAUUAAAAGCACGUGGGGACGUGACUUCCGGAGUGACGGAGUGACGUAGGAGUGGGCAGCAGGUGGUUUCAUUGACUAGGUAUCUUCAUCAAGGAUUAAGCUUGCAACAUUGGCUUUGCUCAGAUGCAGAUGGAAGUGUGAUCACAAUCAUUUUGAAUCCCUCUUCCCCCCCUUUUUUUUCUAAGAAAAUAAACAUUUUACUGUUUUUAUGCAUCCUUGUCUUCUCCCAUUCAUCCAGUUCAGUGUCUUACCGUGAUCUUGGGUGCGGAAGAUGAGCCCUCCUUUGCAGGGACACCGAUAAUUGAGCUUCCUGGCUCCCUACCCUCCCAUCGAUCAUCCGCCACCAUUGGCAGGGCUGCCAGUGGUCAGGGGAGAUGAGGGGACAUCCCCCUCGACAUUUUAGGAAGCCCCGAAACCACCCUGUGUCCUUUCCUUUUGUCAGCAGAUAAGCCAUCCUACGUCCUCACUCGCUCCCUUCCGAAUGUUCCGUGAGUCUUGCCACUUCUUCUCUCACUCGUGGCACUGGCUAGGACGGUGCCAAGCGUUCGCCUACUGGAAACCUAGUACAUUGACCCUGGUGAUGCUAUUUGGAGAUGCGGAAGCCAAAGCCCUGGGGCAGUGUUGGGGGAAUGUGAACUGUGGGUUUGGUAGAGUUUAUUUUUCCAUAUUAUAUGAAGAGAAUGAUCUCUUCUCAAAGACAGAAGUAAUAUUUUUAACAAAUGUUGUCACAAGUAAAUAGCAAUCAAAAGGAGAAAAUAACUUUUGUAUUUUUUUAACGCGUUUGAUAGCUUGAACGAGGGUUCUCUUUGUUACUUUCAGGGCGGGGCACCCUGCUAAAUGCUAUGCCAACAGGCCAGGUGGGGCUUUGGGCCACGGAAACACAGAAGGAGCACUGUAGGUUUCUCUCUCGGGGGGUUUGAAUGUGAGGGGCUCAGGAUCAGCCACACUGCCACUGUCCAAAGGUGGGGAGUCGUUGUUUGUCCUGGGUAGCCAAGAGAUCACCUGCCACAGACCAGAAUAAGAAGCUAAAUGUGCUCUUACUGAGAAGAUGAGCCUUGACUUUAAAAUCCAUCCGUGUAACGGAUGGCGCCAGGGAUGGGCUAAUGGGGAGAUUCCUUAUCUGCCGUUAGACCCCAGGGCACAGAAGUGAGGGGCAGGAAACUCUGUUAGUGCUACAGAAAACGGACUCACAUGGUAGCAACAAAAGCCCUUAAUUCUUUCAGGCAGCCGCAGCUACUUUGGGGAGCAGCUGUGGUUGUUACAUAAAUAGAGAUGCGGCCAAAAUUUAAGGCUUUUUAUCCUGCUUCAAGCAGAAAAAUGCAGAGAGAGUCAAGUCGCCUAGGGGUUUACGUUCCCUCCCUUUGUAUGGUUUUUGGCCAAGUUACUAAAAUAGUUUUCCUCAGCUGUAAAUGAACUGCUGAGCCCCACCUGAAACUUGUCCACGUGGGACUUUGUUCACUGUUAUGUGAUUUUCUGAUUCUUCUCGAGCAAGAGGGUCGCAGGCACUAAGCAUCUUCCACGGGGCUGCUCUACCUGGUGUCUCAGAGAGUGUCUUCCCAGAAAAACCGCCCACCUUCUACCCAAAGAUGAUACAUGCUCAUAUCAUUUUUUCUAGUCCUGUUUAGCAUUUUGACAUGAUAUACAUGUGCCCAGAACCAAGUGCUUCUUGGGAAGUUGACUUUUGAGUGUUUCAUAAAACUAGAAACUGGUUCCUGUGAACCCAGGGGCUUUUCACCUGGAGUUCUUGUCUCCCAAGUUUAACUCUUUGAUGUGCAGAUGUGAUUUCAUCUGCAGACAAAUUUGGUAUAUCUGGAAAUAGAUCUGAGAAAUGGGGUGGUUGAGUGGGUUGGCAUGAGGUCCUUGAUUAUGUUAGCAACACUCUAAACUGUCUGUUUUUUCCAUCGUUGGCUUUAAUCAUAAAAUUGUCAAGUGAUUUGUGUUUGUACUUUAUUUUUUUAUGGCUUCUGCAAAAGGUCUAAUGCAAAAAUAUUUUGCCCUUUUUUUCUCCCCAUGUAUCUGAACAUGAAGCAGAUUGUCUCAGAUACCAUGAAAAGAAUCAUCCAGAAACUAGUGCUUCUGCCGCUGACGACUCGGGGAGAUGGAAGGAGGGAGGGAGGGGAGCGGGGAGUGGCCUGGGGGAAGGAGGUAGAAAAAGGAAGGAUGAAAAAUGGACUGUGAGACACCUUCAGCAGAGAGAGUUGAUAGCACGGCGGCGGGCUUGGGUGCAGUUCACAAUCCAGCGGCCUGGCCGCCAGUGGGUGGGGCCGACCAUCUAGAAGAUUUACAGCUGGAUCACACUCGCUUUAUGUGCUCCGAGUUGUGGAGUUGUCAGAGUUCAGCAGUAUAUGCGCUGCUUUCUUUUGGUUGGCGGAGAUUCAGGAUCAUGGAGUACUUGCUGUCCAUAACCGAAUACGUGUUUGUUACUGGCACAGAACCUCAGCCAUGCCUCCUAGCCCCCAGGCUGGAGCACGGAGGGGUGUUCUGGCCGAUUUAGGGACUAAGAAUGAAUGAAGUCCAGAGACGAGGACACUAGGUCAGCCCGCGACGGCGGCAGGGGCCACCCACGGGCCUGCGGGGGGGACUGGUCUCUCCCCCUCUGCACGGCCCCUGCUCUGAGACUGGGCUACUCCGCCUCGAGUGAGAGAUGGACUAGGCUGGCGGAGGAAGGAGUAGCCUCAGGUCCUUUGUGCCAGGCAGGGAAGCCCCUCCAUGUCGGGGGCGCCCCCAGAGUCAGCCCCGGAUGCCCCCCCCCCCAACGCCUGCAACUGGACAGCCCGCCGGUGCAGCCCAGGGCUGAUGGCACCCGUGUUUCCAUCCCACUGGAUGCCAUCCUGCUUCGAGUUCUAACUGCCCUCCUCCCAACCUCAUCGAGACUUUUUUUCUCUAAGGGCCAGACUGUCCCAGAAGCCUGCUAAAAACAGAGAUUUUACCUCUCACGAAUUUUACCUCAGGAGCCUGUGAUACAGGCCAGCGUGUUGGUUACAAAUUCUGCUUAGACAUUAGGCAAGAAUCUGAAAGGAGCGCUCCAUCCCUACUGGUCUUAGGAAAGAAACCCCGUUAAAUAUGUUGGUUUCAUAGGAAGAAAAAUGAUCCAUGUCUCAAGCCAGGAAAAUAUUGACUCCGAAUCUUGGACUCGAGGACUCUGAUACGUUCUUUGUGAAAAGCAAAACGAUUUGGUAUCUAAGGCAGCCUCCCUCCUCCCAACUCCCAAAUUUAAAAAAAAAAAAAGAAGUAUUAGAUUGCACUGGAUCAUUUGACAGAAAAUCUGCCUUCUGUGCUUUUGCCCCUGGGAGGCAUUUUCAGAGCUUUAUCUCUUGGUACCUCUCAGAAAGUAAGUUUUUUGUGAAGUGGCGCAAAACCCCAGUAGAUAAAGAAGACCUGGUCGGGGAGAGGGAAUGGGUAUUUGGGGGCAUGGUGAAAAGGUGGCUGGAGGCAGGGACGUUGGCUUCUACAUGUCGCAUGCAGACCCCUGGGCCCCCACGCACCUGCGUUCAGUUCGGUGAGGCAAUCGGCUUUCCCACUGCAAAUGCCCUUGCAAUAAACCUUUGGAAUUUUGUGAAUGACUUCUAUGAAUUGCCUUUGCCAGUGAAUGGACAUGUUUUUCCAAGGGGGAAAAAUGUCCUUCAGUCACCUUUUCGCGUGUCUCCGGAAAAGGGUCAAAAACUACAGCAGAAACCGAGGAUGCUGGGUGAAUGUAUUUACUUAUGUGACCAACCUUCAGACUCACUAGCUCUCCCACGUCUUUCAGGAAGACUCUUGUACCUUAUCUGGGAUCUAACCUAAUCUUGGGGAAAGAGGAAACGGAACUGAUAUUUAUCAUUUAUACUCACUCCGUGCCAUAUCCUGUUCUCGGCAUUUUGUAAUUGUCUUGUGUCAUCCUCCCGGUAAUCCCGUGAAGUGCAUUUGUGACCCUCAUGUUCCAAGUAGCGUAUCCUAAGUACAGAAUGUGUCUAUCCCCUAUCAGUGCCCAUGGGGAAAGGAGGAAAGAUGUCAUUCAAGUAUUUUCUGAAUUUUGUUAUUCUUUCUAUACCCUUUGCAACACUGUGAAAAGAACCCUUUGGGACUUCUCUCUUCCAGAAUCACUCUUUGGCUCAUCACCAGCUGGGUUUGCCAUGGGGAAUGUUUUCCUUGGCCUUCCCAAAUCUGGCGAGCUACAGACAUACCGCAAGAGGCCGCUGGCUAACAGAAAUUUAGUGCCCAGAAGGAAAAGGCUUUGGGGAUUUAGGCACAUGUCUCACUUCCUGGAACCCUUUCGGCAUCUGGAAAAGGAACCUGUUACUUGUACGGUGAAAUUCCAGAGGCAGCCAGAACAGGCCUUUGAAUGCUGUGAUUGUUUCUGGGCUCCCAAGGCUUAUUUCAUCCCAGACUGCAUCAUUUUAGGGUGAAAAGCCUUAAUCUUGCAGAGAAGUGUGGGAGAACCCGAUCGUCCAAGGUAGACGCAAGGCCUGGACCAUUGACUUGAAAUCCUUUCUUGUGGGCCAGGGCUGGAUGUCUCUUUUUGACGUUUGAACCAGGUCUGUAUUUUCCAGGCCAGUUGAAGCACUGCAACUAAAUGUGAAUCUCUUUUGAGACUUUAAAUGUUUUGGAGAGUCGUGUCGUGACUUGGACAGUCAUUUAAAUAACGUGUCCAAGGUCAGAAGAGCCCAAGAACUUCCCAGAGUUCCUUGCUUUGCUUCUGAAGGCUCGUCCUCUAAAAAAGAUGACUCACAUCUCCAUGGCAACUGUUAAAGGUGGUGCCUAGAGGGGGCCCACCCCUGCCCUCACUGGGCUUGAAAGAAUCAAAAACAUUUCCUUGUGUAGAGGGGGUGCUAGUAUGUUCAGUUUUCUAUGAAAACUAUCCCCAAGAUCUUGCCUCUUUCAAACCUGGCAGUUGUCAGAUUCCCUCAAGAUGAUGUGGGAAAUGGCUCUUGUCUCUUGUAAGCCAGAGAAGUGGCUUUAAUUCAGCAAGAUUCGUUCUAAACCAAAGGCCUCAUUCUAAUACUGUCUUCCCCCUCUACCCAGAAUUCUCCCGUUUUCCCUUUCCAAGAGUUAUUUUUAGCCCAGGGCUUUGAACACGAUUGAGUAAGACUUAAAAGCAGUAAAAAGAACAUCGUAAACUCAGCCAGAACUGCCAUAGGGUCUCCAGGGUUGCAAAUAGUUCUAGAACCUUAGGGGCCAUUUGGCCUAGACCCAGAGGGGCUCAAACAGCCCCCUUUUUUUGGCAUUUUAGUCCAGACCUUCAGGGACUAUUCUUUCUUGACCGUCAAGUGAGCGAGGGAAGGGAGGCUUCGCAAUAGAUUUCAAGCCAGCUUUUCCAUUCAAAACAAGAUGCAAAUUUAUUUUUUAAAAGGCAUAUCUAUUUUCCUGGAACAGAACCAGGCAGCUGCCUUAUUAGGACUCUAAAUUCAGAUCUCUUUUCUUAACACACACACAGACACACACACACACAGGUACUUAGAGAAAGAAAAUAUAUAACUACUUUAUCAUGGAAAUACUCCAAGGAAGAACUGUACUUUGCUCUUUUUAAUCUCUGAGAUAAUAUCUAGGAAAAUAUUAGCAUAACUCUAAUAAUGCCAGAACAGGAAAAGCUAGUGAUCCCUCUUGCAAAACUUUGAGUUAGACUCAGUGAGGAGAACGGAGGUCUGUUGGCCAACCUGGCCUUGUGCCCUCUCUGGACCAGGAUGCUCUGCCACUGGCACGUUUGCCUCAGCUGGGCCUCUAGCCUGGAUACUGGGGCCGGCAUCCUGUCCCAACCCCUGGUGCAUAAAGGGCGCAUCCCUGAGGAUACGGGCCACGCGCAGCCAUAUUCAACCACAGCGUUUCUCACGCACUCGCCAGCUCGUCCAGCGUGGCCCUGACUGGCAGCCCAGCCGUUGUGCUGCGACGUUCCAACACCAGUGUGUGGAUUUGGGGCCCCUGCAUCUGGGUUGUCCUAGAUGGAGCAUCUUUAGCAUUGCCUUCUCCAGGGUUGCAGACUCAUUCAUCCAGCAGACUAUGUACAGAGCACCUGGUAUAAUCGCCCGUAACACCCGGUUAAGCCGAACACAGCUCCUGCCCUCGAGGAGCCUACCAUCGGUCAGGGAGACAGUGUGGACACCGUAAGCGUCAGUCCCGGGUGCUGUGGGAGCAUCUCAAAGUGGCAGCUGCCCAGCUUGGAGAAUCUGGGGGCUUCCAGAAAGAGGUGACAUCCAAGCUCAAGUGUGUCAGAGGACUGAGGGAGGGCGUUACAAAGGACCCAGCAUGGGACUCAGCCCAAAGAAGGGAGUGUAGGCUGUCGUGGCAUGCAGCAAAGCAGCUGAAGCUGGGAAAUGAGGAGAGGAGAGGAGGGGGGUGAGGGCAGGCAGUCAGCUGGCUGGUCCCAGAGGCCGCGUGUGGCCGAGGCGGGGGGGGGGGGGGGGAUAGGGAAGAGCUGUAGACCAUGCUCUGUCCUCCGAAGCCGAGGUCACUGCCGAGGUCAGCCAGAGAGACAAGUGUGGUCAGCAUCAGAGCCCGGGUUUGCCGUUUUGCUGUGGGAGCGCACACUUGCUUGCUGAGAUGAUUUGUCCCCAUGUGUCCUCUGCCGCCCAUCCCAGCACCUUAUCCUCCCUCCAAACGCUGUUUGAAUUCAGGGGCUUUAACCUGGGCUAGCUCUGGCUUAGAGACAUACAGGGGACAGCGCCUGGGCAUCCUGACCUGUCCGUAGAGCCACCGAGGCUAAAAUACCUCUUGGUACGAGGCUGGCCUAGACCCCGCGAUGGGGGGGUGCCCUAAGAUGAAUUCCCGGGAAAGAGCCGAGGGCUCACUGGCUUAGUGUGACACCUUCCUUCAUCCUACCCAGAGGCAGCUGCCCUGGGACAGCCCUUCCCCGGGUUCGGUCAUGCCCUGCGGCCAAGCCUCUGCUAGGUCUGGAGUGCACACCUGAAUCCUGCCAAAGAAAGGGGAUGGUAAAAAAUAAAAACAAAACAAAACAAAAAGCACAAAUGGAUUGUAUGCACAUGGCAAAUAACCUGCCAGUCUAGACAGCCACCAUGGACCUCGUGGGGACAAGGGGGGCCACCAAGCUCAGCCCUGUGCCCUCCGGUCGUGAGGCAGGGAGGUUUGGGGAGAAGCAGGCUCUCUGUGGAGACACCUCACAGUGCCUUUUAGGUUUUCCAGAGAACCUAUUCAGAGUUCAGAGCGUUGGGUUCUUCCCUCCCCCCACCCCACAAAUAAUCAGAAAUUUUAUAAGAGAAGGGAAAGAAUUCGAUGAAUCAAAAUACUAGCUGUGCGGCAGCCUGGUUUCUAGAAACUUAAGUAAAGGCUCAAACAAGUGACAUGGUUUCCCUGAGAGGUUGGAGGAAUUAGGUGCUGAAGGCACUUUUCUUAGCCGAGUAGUUCGGUCUCCAGGGAUCCCCAAGGGCCCUGAAUAUUCCUUGGGGCUGACCUCUUUUGCAAGACCCCCAACACCCGCCCUUCUGGGUGCAGCUUGGCAUAUUCAAAAGCAACACCAGCCUUCUGAACCCUUGGAAAGGAUUUGGCUCACACAUACUCUUUUCCCAGAUACUCCUCUGGCUCCUUGGUGAGGAAUUUCUAAUUCUGUGUCUUGUGGCUCCCACUUGAAUAUCCCACAGGCUUAGUCCUUUCGAUUAGAAUUUGGCCUGUGGCAGUCGUGAUCCUGGAAAUUGACAGAGCAUUUGGCCUCACACACACCUACCUUAAAAUUAGGGUCCUGCGGGGUCCCCUUAGUGGCGGCAGGGGGAUGGUCAUGAAAUACGGCCAGGUUUGCCUUAGGGCACCCUCUCCCCAUUGUCUGCUCCAGUCUGGUUUCCUCACUGUCACCAGGAAAGAAUCAAAAUGCCUCCUUGCCAGUUGUCCGUGGCUGUGUAUUUGCUCUGUGUUGUGUUUUACGUAUGAAUAAGGCCUUACAUUCAAGUGAAAUACCGUGGCAGGAUUAGGAGGCAUCCGCUCUCAGUUGGUUCUGAGGGGUAUCCUGGGGCAAUGAUCUUCUGAGCACCUGCAAAGCUUCCUUAAGGUGGGCAUGGGAGCCCAGCAGGGCAGCCUCCCCAGCGCUCCGCAUGCACGUGAGUUCUAUAAAGCAGUGCGUGCCCGUUUAUUUCUACCGUACACGCCUCUCGGCGAAAACUCUGUGAGAUGCACCCCCUCUGGAUGUUUAUUAAUUUAUUGAAAGCCUAUAUUCACAUACUCCUGGACUACUAUAUUAGACACAUAUUAUAAAAAGUACACAGUGUAGCCAUUUUAAAAGAAUAAGAUACAAAAUAUUAUAAACAGUGGUUCUGGCAUCUUCUCUCUGAACACCUCAGGGGGACCUUGAGUACCCCCUGGUAUGUGCACACCCACUUUGGACACUACUGUUUUAAGAGCAAAUCGGCACACCUUCAUGGCAUCCAUCCCCAAACCACUGUGCUGGCACUUGGCCUACAGAAUAAGAAGGUCUUAAGAUAAAAAUCCCAGGAGUUUCUCAUCUGGGAGACAGGGCAAACUUUAAACAACCUAAAUUUCAAUAAUGAAAAACCUGCCCAACAGGAAAGCUGUCCCUGGACAGUGGUGGCUACAGGUGCUAAGAAAAGAUCAGGUGCAAUGUCCAGAGCCGUGGGAUUGCUCAUCUUCCCUCUCUGGGUUUCCAGAAGAGGACAUUUGGCAGUCCUCCCAGCUCUCACAUGAUUGGAAUUCUUUGAACCCUCCAACUGCUUCUGCAGUAUAUUCCCCACGGCACCAGUGGGUCCACGUCGCUUGAAUAUUAUUGUUGAUUUGACCACCAAGAUGUAAUGAUGAUUCUGUUCCAUUUUGAAAAGGGUCUGAGAAAGUGUACAGGUCUAAUUAUAUAUACAUAUUUAUACAUGUGUAUUUUUGUUUAUUGUUACAUUUUGACAUUGGACUUUCUAUUAAAUAAUUUUUAACAGUU